AUUCGUUUGUUUUUUAUUUUUUUGUAGUGUUUUGUGCGUGGUGUGUCAUCUGGACAGAGCGUUUAAUCGGAAUAUUUGUUGAAGUUAAUACUUUCGUUGAAAAGUUUUAACACACAUUAUGACUUUCGACCCUGUUUACGUCAAGACAGAAAUUUUGUCACCUAAUUCUGAAGAGAUUUCUCCUGUGCCCAGCAGCAGUGGCAGUGCUGCUGAUGACUCCGUCAGGGUCAAGCAGGAGAUGAUUUUCCUCCCUGAGAGUGUGGAUAUGAAAACGGAAGAAGAAUCCCCCAAAGAUGAGGAGGUAUUGCCAGGUGGUGGGCAGCUAGGGAGCCGCUCUGACCCUCUGGAUAAGGAACACGCCAGUCUCGGAGCUCGCCACUAUGAGAAUGCUUCUUCACCGAGUUCUUGGAGUUUCAGGUUACUAGAAGUGAACCACGAGACAGACUGCACUGACCGGACAACACGCAGUCUCCAUCCAGACGUAAUCUACCCAGAGCAGUGUGGCACACUGGGGUCACCGAGGCGAGACUGCGACGAAAGCGAUCCGUUUGUGACAGAUUCUGCGAGUGAUCCUCUCGGAAAUGAUGUCCCUCGUGGAAAUGAGACGAGGGUCGCCGAGAGGUUCAGCUGCGCACACUGCGAGAAGACCUUCUUCUCGAGGUACUGCAUCACGAAGCACGUGUUCAGCCACGAGCCCGGGGUUCCGGCGCCGGCGUCCAUCUGCGAGCUGUGUGGCGACGUGUUUCCGGACGCGGCUGGCCUGAGCCGGCACGUGGCCGACCGCGGCUGCGAGGAUCGUGGUGGGGGUGAGGGCGGGGCCGAGGGCGGGGCCCGGGACGCGGGGCCCCGGCGGGCGGAGCUGCCGCCCGUCAGCCAGAUCCGGCCGUUCGCCUGCCGGGCGUGCGGCGCCACCUUCGCCAGGCUGGGCCACCUCAAGGUCCACCUCACCAUCCACGCCGACGACCGUCCACACGCCUGCGACGUGUGUGGGAAGCGCUUCCGCCAGUCGGUGCACCUGACGAUCCACAAGCGGCUGCACUCGGACGAGCGGCCGUACGGCUGCGAGGUGUGCGGCAAGGCGUUCCGGCAGUCGGUGCACCUCCAGAUCCACCUGCGGCAGCACACCGGCUACCGGCCCUUCAGCUGCGACGUGUGCGGCCGGACCUUCACGGACCGCACCGGCCUCAACAGGCACAAGGCGGUGCACUCGCGGGACCACCCGUUCGCCUGCGACGCCUGCGGCAGGUCGUUCCGCGACGAGGGCGGCCUGCGCGACCACCGCGCCCACAACGCCUGCGCCGCCGGCCCCUUCUCGUGCGACAAGUGCGGCAGGUCGUUCGCGGACCCGUUCGCGCUCAAGCGGCACCUGCGGGUGCACGAGAGCAAGAAGCGGAAGCCGUGCGACGUGUGCGGCGACGGCGGCGCCGGGGGCCGCGCCUGCCGCCACGACAAGCCGUACGUGUGCAAGGUGUGCGGCAGGGACUUCGCGCGCGCCUCCUCGCUCAAGAGGCACGUGACCGUGCACACGGUGGCCAGGACUUUCGAGUGCGCGAGCUGCCGCCGGAGGUUCAAGUGGGAGAGCAGCCUCUGCGCGCACAAGUGCGGGCUCGACACCACCCCGAAGCAGUUCUCCUGCGACGUCUGCGGCAAGCGCUUCCGCUUCCGGCACAACGCCGAGGCCCACCGCAAGGUCCACACGGGCGAGAGCACGCACUCGUGCGAGGUGUGCGGGAAGCUGUGCAACUCCGCGGCCAACUUGAGGAGCCACUACACCGUCCACAGCGAAGAGCGGCCGUACACCUGCGAGACCUGCGGCAAGGGCUUCCGGCGCAGCGGGAACCUGGUGGCUCACCGGAAGACGCACCUCACUGGUGGGCGCGACUCUACACUCUGCCCCGUGUCCUUCGACACCGCCAUCCACGUCCGGGAGCACGCCAGUUCGUCGCUGGCUGCCCCGCCGUUGCCCGACGACAGCAGUGCCUUUAGUAGUGCAUUAUUUUACGAGUGUACCGUCUGUCGGAGCUCUUUUACUGACGCCAUUAGUUACUGGAGGCACGUAGGUGAACACUCUGGUAAUCCUAAGGUGGGCGUGCCCGACUCUUGUGGUGGCCACAGUGCAGCGACGUACGCUGCACUGCCCGGUGCUAGCUCGGAAGCUGGCCUCGACCGUGACACGCAGCCCGUUAACAGUGCCUUUACUUGUGAACCAGAAAUGGUAAUACCUGUAGGUCCAGAAAUUGUUAAUAUGUAUUGAUUACAGUCUAAAUGUGCUAUUGUACUUGCUAAAGAAUAUAGCGGAAAUAACAAGACCACUCAGCUCAACCUUUAUAUCGACUGCUCUUUUUGUGGAUACGUGCCGAUAUAUCACGUACAUCAACACACUGCAAGCCACCUUUCAGUCUGUAGCGAAUGAUACUUCCGAUAGCAUUAGCUUUAUCCUUCUUCAAAUGGUUCAAAUGGCUCUGAGCACUAUGGGACUUAUCUUGUUAUCUUCUGAGAUCAUCAGUCCCCUAGAACUUAGAACUAUUUAAACCUAACUAACCUAAGGACAUCACAAGAUCCUUGCCCAAGGCAGGUUUUGAACCUGCGACCUUAGCAGUCACUCAGUUCCAGACUGUAUCGCCUAGAACCGCACGGCCACUCCGCCUGGCUUUAUCCCUUUUCCCUCAUUCCAUUUACGAAUGAUGCAUAGCAAAAACGACUGUCGGUAAGCGACUUUAUCGCCUCUUAUUUAUCUGAUUUUCUUGCAGUGGGCAUUUCACAAGGUGUUAGUCAGCGCGUUUUUUCUAAAAACAAAGUUUGAGGAUACUCCAAAAUUGGAUAUAAUGCAGCGAAAUUUACUUAUAACUGAAGCAUGAGAUAGCACUGGUCUGCUUUUAGCCAUGACCUCAUCAACAUGUUGAACUACCAAAACAAAACAAAAAAUGAUGGUAUCGGACUCUUCAGUUGACUUUACAGCUCAAAUGAAGCAGACGAUACCGAGAAACACCCAAACAUACAAGAGAAUGUGGUAUCGAGCACAUCAGUUUACAUCAUCUCAAAUGAAGCAUGCGAUUCCCAUCAACCCCUGAGCAAUAAAAGAAAAUAGUAUCAUACACUUCGCCCGGCCGGAAUGUCCAAGCUACAGUCUGAAGCUGUGCGACCACUAUGGUCGUAGGUUCGAGUCCUGCCUUGGGCAUAGUUGUGUGUGAUGUCCUUAGGUUAGUUACGCUUAAGUAGUUCUAAGUUCUAGGGGAUGAUAACCUCAGAAGUUAAGUCCCAUAGUGCACAGAGCUGUUUGAACCAUUUAUCGCACACUUCAGUUGACCUGUAAUACACCUCAAAUAAAACAGGUGAGUCCAAUCAACCCUCCGACAUACAAAAUAAUACAAGGAAAUAUUACUGAACACAUAUUUUUACCUAUAAAACGCCACUAAAAGACACAAUACAACAAAAACUAUCCACACCUAUCAUCAACAACAAUAGAAACAACACUACAAAAAAAUUUUGUAACUUUGUUUGGCUGCUGAAAUGACAUAGAUGAUGCGUGGUAUCCCGUGCUUCAACUGACCCAAUUUUUAAUACAGCUGAAAAUUUAUUUAACUAUAAAACAUACAUUAAUAGCAUUACAACAGUUUCCAAACUGACUUAGUUCAUGGCUGCUGUAGUCUUCAGGCCUUCUUACUUUACUCUUGCUAUCAGUAGCAAGAUGUCUGCUUGGCGUUUGAGCGUACGCAUAUCCGUUUAGCACCACUGUCGCCCACUAUUAGCAGACGAGGGCAUUUACGUCCGUGAAAUAAAACUUUGGCUCUCUUCCAAGUUCUCAACAUCAUAAAAAAUUACUUUGUCGACGAAAAAGUUUAGGGGUACGCAUCCUCCAGUGUUCCCCCAGAAAAACAGCACUGUUGUUAGUAGGUGAAGUAUUGUGUUGCCCUUUUCAUUCCUCAAAAUGUACACUCUUCGCAUUUCAGCAGCUCAGGAUUGUUAACUACAAGUGCAUCUGUUGUAGUUAAUGUAGCAUUACCUUAAUUUUUUUUUGCUUACUGAACUGUCCCAUGAUGACACUCGCCAGUCUUCCAUGGAUAUCUCUACCUUUCUAUGAAUCAAACUUAUUGUGGGUUCCAGACUGAUGGAUAGAACUUACGAAUCAGUUGCAUGGGUGUUUUAUAAGCCUCGUACUUCAUGGAUUAAUUAAAUUUAAUUAAGGUUCUCCCAGUGAAUCUCAGCCUAGCAUAUACUUUUCCCACAGUUUGUUUUAUGUGGUCAUUCCACUUCAGUUUGUUACUCUUACUUCUGUUAUGGUAGUUGUUAUUUCCAAUGAUAUACUGUAUUCCCAGUAAUAUAACGAACAAUAAUGGGUCUCCUGCACAAUAUGCUAUAUUGUUUACAUCCAGAGUCAACUGCCACUGCCUGCAACAAUUGUCUUCCUGCACUUGACUACAGGUGUAUGUCUUCCUGUAGACAACAGCAUCAUCCGCAAACAGCCUCACGGAAUCUUCAGUGCUAAGCCAAAGUGUAAACAGUAAUGGCCUAUUUCACUCCCAAGAAGUUCAUGUUUAAUGUUGUAUGUUUAAUAUGUAGGUGGUAUUUUGAGAAGUUCAGCACAUCUCAAGAUUUCAAAUAGAGUAGGAAAAUGUUAUGUUCAUCUUCUGUAAAAAAGUGAAUACAUCACAUAGUUACAGAUUUUGUAAGACACUUGCUUUCUAAUCCUAUAUCCUGUCCAUUUCGCUGUGAUAGAAACUUCCUGUGGCUGUUGCAAAUGACAGAUGAGUUGUAGAGGCAAUUUUGAUAUCUUUUUUUUAGUAAUAUUUUAUAGUUCAAGCUUUUAUAGCCAUAUAAUUAAGAAUGACCCAAAAAUUAAUGAAUUUCAAAUUUUUAUCAAGAUUUAAUGUUUCACUAAUGUUUCAUAAAAGUUAUGGAAAUAUACGAAUUGUACAG